CUUAUGAUAUAACCUCCAAUGACAACCCUGGAAGUCUGUUGACACAGUUCAACUGAAGGGAGAAAAUUACGAUGAAUAGGCUCGUGCUCUCAAGAUUGCAUUGAGAGCAAGGAAAAAAUUUGGCUUUGUGGACGGAUCUAUUGAGCGUCCAGAUGAGGAAUCAUCGGACCUUGAAGACUGGUGGACCAACAACUCUUUACUGGUGUCCUGGAUAAUGAACACCAUUGAACCAUCAUUGAGAUCAACUAUGUCACAUAUGGAGGUGGCACAAGAUCUUUGGGAAGACAUAAAAGAACGAUUUUCCAUGGUGAAUGGACCACGCAUACAACAACUAAGGGCUGAGCUUGCUGAAUGCAAACAGAGAGGAUUGCCAAUUGUUGCCUACUUUAGAAAGCUUAAGAAAUUAUGGGAAGAAUUGGCAAACUUUGAACAAAUGCCGAUGUGCAAGUGCGGCUUGUGUACCUGCAACCUUGGAGCGGCCUUAGAAAAGAAGCGCGAGGAAGAGAAAGCUCAUCAGUUCCUCAUGGGACUUGAUGAAAUAGUCUAUGGGACUGUAAGAUCAAAUCUGUUGGCUCAGGACCCAUUGCCAAAUCUGAACAGACUCUACUCAACACUAGUUCAGGAAGAACGUGUCAGAAUCAUAUCUCGUGGAAAGGAAGAGCGCGGCGAGGUGAUGAGCUUUGCAGUGCAAGCAGAGUUCAAAUCACGCAACAAAAAUGAAGGAAAGGACAAAAAUGUGGUAUGCAACCAUUGUAAUCGCAUGGGACAUGAAUCUGAUAGUUGUUUUCAGCUAAUUGGAUAUCCGGAUUGGUGGGGAGAUCGUGCUCGUGGGAUUGGAAGAGGAAAUGGACUUGGAAAGGGAGGACAGAGAGGUAUGACUCCUGUUGGUAGAGGACGUGGAGGAUUGGUCAAAGCCAAUGCAACUCAAGUCUCAUAUACUGAUAGAAGCGAUACCAAUGGCCUUAGUGAUGAACAAUGGAAAACAUUACUGAACAUUCUAAACAAUACCAAGAUAGGGGCAACUGAGAAACUCACUGGACCGCACUUCGAGGAUGGUGAUUGGUGCGGGUGAGCUACGAGAGGGGCUUUACUACUUGCGAGGAAGGGCAACUGUGGCAACAGUACAAACUGGCAAUGAGAAAUCCUUCAAUUUGUGGCACAAGCGGCUAGGA